UGGGUUUGUAUGUGGCACUGGGGCUCCAUGUGAGUUUACAGUGCGGUGCUGGGGCUGCUGCUGGCUGAAGGAAUAAAACUAUAGUUCUUUGGAUCCAUGAUUUAUUUUCCGGGUGGUUUUGGAAUCGUUUGCAUUUUAAGAUGAAGAGGAAACAUUUGACUUCAACUGAAGACCUGGAAAAUGAGGUGGAUAUACCAAAUACUGCUCAGAGUGAAGAUGAUGUGGAAAGUUCAAUGGAAGCCUCCAAGAAGGAUAAUGUUGUUCGUCCACUUAAAUUGUCCAAAGGAGAUCUGUACAAAGCUCCAACAGUUGAGGAGCUCAAUCAGCUGAAGGAAGCAGAGAACCUGUUCCACUGUAGCUUGUUGAAAAUGCAGAUGGAGGAGCUGCUGAAGGAGGUGGCACUGAGCGAACGCAGAAAGAAGCUGCUGGACUCAUUUGUGGAAGAGAUCACUGAUCUCCUGCAGUCCGUUCCUGAAACUCCAGUGGUGGAGUUAACAGACGUGUCUUGGUUGGAAGACUCUGCAAUUGAUGUACCGUUCACCAUGGUUCCAGAAGUUAAUGGCAAAUUCCAUAUGGAGCCCCCUGCCUCUGUUGACUUGAUCGGGAGUUAUCCACUGGGCACCUGCAUCAAACCUAGAGUUACUGUCGACCUGGCUGUCACAAUUCCUCCAAAUGUCUUACACCCAAUGGAUGGCAUAAACCAGAGAUACCCACGAAAGAGGGCACUCUAUCUGGCAGGCCUGGCACAGCACCUUGCUUCAUCACCUGAAGUGGGCCCAUUGCACUUUUCCUGCCUUCAUGGCAACCGGCUCCGCCCAGUCCUGCUGGUGACACCUUCAGGUAAGGACAGCAGCGUAACACUUCGAAUUCACGCUAUUCCUCCUCCGGACUUUCUCAAACCAAGCCGCUUCCACCCUCAGAAGAACAACAUCCGGACAGAUUGGUUUACUGGCAUAAGCUCUGAACAAGAACGCACAGAGCCUUCAACUCCACAUUAUAACAGCACAGUACUGGGAGAUCACCUCCCUCGCCCACACCUGCAGUUCCUUACUGCACACAGCGACCAGUGUCCUGCUUUCAGAGAUGCUGUAGCUCUCCUCAAAGUGUGGCUGAGGCAGAGGGAGCUCGAUCAGGGGACUGGGUGCUUUGGUGGAUUUUUGGCUGCCAUGCUGAUGGCUUAUCUUCUCUCCACUCACAAAGUGGGGAAAACAAUGAAUGCAUACCAGCUGCUCAGAAAUGCACUGCACUUCUUGGCUUCCACAGACCUGACUAAGAGUGGUAUUACUCUGGCGAAAAACCCAGAUUCAAAAGCGCCUUCUCUGCCUGAGUUCCACAGUGCUUUUCAAGUGGUCUUCGUGGAUCCCUCUGGUCAUCUUAAUAUGUGUGCAGACAUGACUGCCUGCACCUACAAACAGAUACAGUAUGAGGCAUCACAGUCUCUCCAGUUCUGGGAUGAUCCCACUCUAGACAGUUUCCAAGCUCUGCUUAUGACCCCCAAACCUAUGAUCAGGACGUAUGACAAUGUCUAUCAACUGAGUGACAUGGUGAAGUUGCAAGCCUCCUGUAAGAAGCUCAGUCUCCUUGGAAGUUUAAUGGACCACAGCGGGAACUAUGUUCUGGCAGUGCUCCCUUUCAUCCUGUCCCUCCUUCAACGAGGUCUUGGGCAGCGGAUCCGUCUUCUGGUCCAUUCGCUGCCUAAAGACCCUGAGUGGUCUGUGUAUAGUGAGCCCCCAAAGCACAAGGACCAGCCACCACUGUCAUUUGGCAUGCUACUCAACCCUGAGCAAUGCUUUUCUGUGCUGGAACGUGGACCCCCAGCAGAUAGCCCUGAGGCAGCUGAAUUCCGGCAGCUGUGGGGCUCUCUUUCUGAGCUGCGACGCUUUCAGGACGGGGCGAUCACAGAAGCAGUGCUGUGGCCUGGCUCAUCCACUUGCGAGAAGAGAAAGAUCCUGCUGAAGAUCAUCACCCACCUUCUGGAACUUCAUGCAGAUAUUCCCAAUUCAAGCGUCCUCUUUGUGGGAGGACGGGUACAUGAGGUCAUUAAGUUAAGAAAAGAAAUAAAGAGUACUGGAGAAGAGGAGAGCCUGAAGGUGGUCCAGUCAUUUGAUGACCUGAGCAGAAAGCUGUGGCAGUUGGAAGGUCUACCUUUGUCCAUCACUUCAGUGCAGGGAGCCCACCCGGCCCUCAGAUACACUCAGGUGUUCCCUCCUGAACCAGCCAAGUUGGAAAGUUCCUUUUUUAAGAAGGAAAAGACUUUAAAUGCUUUACUUCCUCAAGAUUGGAAGGCUUGUCCACACUAUAUAACUCCUGUUAAAGUUAUUUGUCAUAUGGAGGGGAGUGGAAAGUGGCCCAAUGAGCGAUUGGCAAUCCGCCAUAUUAAAGCAGCGUUCCACCUUCGCCUCGGAGAGCUGCUCAAACAGCAGCAUGACUACAUGUGCCAAGCCACACCUGCACAUCUGGAUGUGUGGAAGGAUGGACUGCUGUUCCGGAUCCAGGUAGCAUACCACAGAGAACCGCAGGUGCUGAGAGAAAAAGUGACCCCAGAAGGUUUGCUGAUCGUGAGGGACAACCCAGAGGCGCAGGCACUGGAAGUCGAGACCCAGCACAAACCCUUCCUCACCAGCACCUUACAUGGUUUACAGCAGCAACAUCCCUGCUUUGGUGCAGUGUGUCGCCUGGCUAAACGGUGGCUUGGUGCACAGCUGUUUAUGGGAGAAAUAGGAGAAGAUGCAGUAGAUCUGCUGGUGGCCUUCCUCUUCCUUCAGCCUGCACCCUUCACUCCACCCAGUUCUCUGCAGGUUGGUCUCCUUCGCUUCCUCCACCUGCUCUCCUCCUUCGACUGGAGGAUCAACCCUCUGGUGGUCAACCUCAAUGGCAAACUCACAGCUUCCGAUUGUACUGAAAUCAAGAAUCACUUCAUAGCAUCGAGGGAGUCUCUUCCUGUGAUGUUUAUCGCCACUCCCAAUGACCACAAGGCCUCAAUCUGGACCAAGACAGGCCCCUCAGUACCGGUGCUUCAGCGCAUGGUGACUGUUGCAGCAGAAAGCUUGCAUGUCCUGGAGGCCCAGUUCGCUCAGCCCAGCCAAAAUCAUGACAUUCGGGUGGUUUUCCGCCCUCCUUUAGAGGCCUACGAUGUUCUCAUUCACCUCAAAACUAAACAAGUCCCUCUUGCAGCCCAGGCUGUGGACCCCAGUCCCAUUACAUUUCCCAGGGGUAUCAGUAAAGGUGAAGGUGGCAGUUUGGGGGGAGCUUUCCCUGUCAUGGAUUUUGAUCCAGUGAAGCUGUAUCUGUCUGAGCUCAGGGAUGCAUUUGGAGAUCUGGCUCUGUUUUUCUAUGACCCGUUUGGAGGAAAGGUGAUUGCAGUGCUGUGGAAGCCUAAAGCGUUCGAGCAACAGCCCUUCAAGACUUCUCUGAUGAACGGCAGGAAAGUGGAGGUGGUCAAUGAAGUGGCCACUACCGCUCCUAAUGUAGAGGCCAUCGUGGAGGACUUCCGAAUCAUGGGGGAGGGGCUGGUGGAAAAUGUGGAACCAAGGACAGAGAAAUGGGUGGUUUGAGUGCAGCCUAGAAAUGUCUCUUGUUGGAUGUGUGGCUGUGUGCCAAUGCUAUAUUUGUUUUUUUUUUAUUAUUUGUUUUCAAAUUGUAUUUGAAUUAAUGUAUAUUUCAAAUGGAUUAUUGAGGAAAAGUGGAAAGAAAUGGUCAUAAAACAUGUGGAAUGUUUUUUUGUUUUUGAAGAAAAGAAAAUUGUCAAUUAAUAAUUAUUCUAAUGAGAA